GAAAGUGAGGAGUCAAGCUCAAGCAGUGAAAGUUCAAGCUCUGAGGCUGAGGCUGAGGAAGGCUCCGGCUCAUCAGAAGAGGAAGAAAAGGAAGAAGUGAAAGGAAAGAAGGAUCCAAAAGAGGUAUACCCUAUCACAGAUAUCCGCAGAUGGAUGAAGCCUGGGUCGAUUUGGGUAUAUCUCGAAUCGGAGGAGAAGAAGAAUGAGCUCAAGAAGAAGGCUGAACUUGAUGCGGCCAUGGAAGCGGUGAAAAGGGCUCGCAAGGCAUCAGAAAGGGAAUAUGAGGAAGAGAAGAAAAAGAAGGCGGAGCGGGAAGAGUAUGAGAAGAAGGUAAAGCAGAAGACAAUGCAACAACUUGAAGAGUUCAUUCAAAAGCAGAAGAAAGAGCGCGAGGAGAAGAAGAAGGGAAAGGAGAAGGUGAAGAAGGCAGAGGCAGAGAAGAGUGAGGAGGAAAGUGAGGAUGCCCCUGCUAAAGAUGAAUCAGAAAGUGAACCGGAGCCUGAAGAACCCGAGAGCGCGGAGGAGACUGAUGAUGAAGAGGAGGAGGAAGAAGAUGAAGAAGAGGGGGGUUCAGAAGAGGAAGAGAAGAAAGAAAAGACAAAGGGCAAAGCAGAGAAGACGAAGACGAAGCCAGAGAAAGCAGCUGAAGGAAAGGCAAAGGCUUCAGGCGAAGAGCCCACGAGUAAGAAGAGGAAGAAGGACGCUAAAGAUGAUGAAUCCAAGAACAAGAAGAAGAAGGAAAAGAAGACCAAGGAAGCGGAUGAGAGUGAGGAUGAAGCAAAGGAGACAAAGUCAGGUAAGAAGGACAAGAAGUCCAUGGCAGCGGAACCUGAGACAGAAGAAGAAGAAAAAACGGAUCAGAAGAAGUCAAAGAAGGAGAAGAAGGAGAAGAAGAAGAAGGCAGCAGAGAGCUCAGAUGAAGAGGAUUCUGAACCCAAGGCCCUGAAAGAUGCAGAGGCGAAGAUCGAAGAUAAUGCAAAAGGAGGUGAGAUCAAUAGCUCAAGCAAGCGAAAAGAGUACAUGCGCUUCAGCCGGUGGUGCAAAAACAAAAAGCGCUUCCCUACAAAGUUGGUGGCAGCCAUCAACUCCAGUGAAGGGAGGGCGAAGUUGUUUGAAGAGUACGUCAAGUGUGAUGGAGAUGUCAGCCAAAUCUUGCUGCGCCAUGAGCAGUCGUUGAGGGAGGCAACGCGCAGCGAAUUGAAAUGGGGCUUUAGAGGAGAAAAGUGGCUGGUGGACCGUCACGGACAGAAAAAAGCCGACAAAUUGAUGGAGAAAAAGCGUGCCCUCGGCCUCCAUAUACAGGACCCUGAGUUACCAGACGACAAGGACGAAAGGCUUUUCUUUACGCUCAUUAGCCUUGAUGUUGCAAACAUCUCGGAGUUUUCUCGGCUGACCCGCUUGGAGAUGGAGGGCCAGAUUGAUGAGGAAGGGUUGAGGGAGUUCGUGAAGGGUGGUGGUGUGCUGGAUCCAAAUUCUGGUCUCAAGAUCACUGACUUUGCCGGCGCUAUCGGAGCUGACAAGCUGAUGUCGACUAUGGCCAUUGCUCCGGAGACCAAGAGGAAAAAUAAGAGGAAGGGUAAGGGUGAAGAAGAGCAGAGGAAGUCUGACGAUGAUGUGAAGGAGGCCUUUAUUCACUUUAUUCAUACAGAGACAGUCGUCCCAGAGACACCGCUUCAAAAGGCUACAUCCCUUCUUACCAAAGUCUUGAAGGACGUGUCUGAUUGCAGGACCCAGGCGUUCCGCUUGCAGCCGAUCAAGAUGUCCAAUGACCUGAUUUCGCAGCUGCAAGCGGCAGCUGUGAAGUUGGAGACUUUGGCUCACAAGUUGCAAGACUUGAUCAAGAAAGGGAAGAACAAAACGAAACACUACCGAGAGAUCAUGCUGGAGGUGGACAAGACCACAAAGAUUGCCCGUGAGCGAAUGGAACUGGGUAAGGCUUUGGUCAGGGCCAGCGAAAAGGCUGCGAAUCCUAAGCCUAAGCAAAAGGCCAGUCCAAAACAACGGGAGCCCAAAGAGGAGGCCUAA